UAGAAAAAAGAAACGAACAAACUUUCGAGAUGUUCAAGAAUUUAGGAACGUAAUUAAUAUUUUUCUUGUCUAGUCUGCGUUUCCUGUUCACGCCGAAGAAACGAUUCUACGUGCUUCACAAAUAAAGUGGGACAUUAAAAUGUAACCCUUUGCUCAGCGUUUUCAUAACAAUUCCCUGUAUUUAUUUCCGCAUUUGCACAUUCUGCAGAAUCAGAAGAAAAAAAAAACGAAGCGAAUUCGAGCGUUGAAGAACGGCUCAAAGUAAUUCGAACUUUUGUUCUGUCCACAUCGAAGAGAUUGCUUUUAGUUAUCGUUUUCCGGAAAGCCGUAUGAUGUCGAAAUUAUUUCUGGUGUGCGCUAUGCUGCUGCUGGUGGUAGCGGUAAACGCGGAUAAAACCAAGAAAGAAGGUAAAUCGAAAAAGGAGCACUCGAAACCAGUGCCGUGUACAUGUGGAAUCUUCCUCAGCGGACAGCUUAAAAAGGGAUCCAAAGAUUCCCCCAAGGGAGAUCCGGUGCUCACGCAAGAAUUGGAUACGCACUUCGCUCACAAUUCCAUCGGACAAAGACAAUGCGCCAACAAAUGCUUAGAAAAUAUGAUUAAACAUUUGCCCAAAAGUGCCGACAUAAUUUGUGCAACGGUCGAUCGAGAUGUGAGAAAAGAGAAAGCUUUACUCUUCACCAAAAACUACGAUGCCACUUGGAUCAACAGUAACAUGUCCGCUGGCCGAGAUUUCUGCUGCAAGGAUAACGUUCCGUACAAGUGCCCAUUAAUGUAAAACCAUAACGUAUAUAGGAAAUAAAAUACAAAACAAAUAAAUAAAUUAGAAUAUUU